AUGCCGAAAGAGUCGAUGACUCUUUCCAAAGCUACAGGCAAAUCACCAGGACGACCCUUAACCAUACUAACUGAGCCUACCACCUCAUCAUCCUCCGCAACUGGCCCGCUAUCCCCAUCUCGGUCAGCACCAUCACCCAUGGGCAGUGUCGUGUCUCAAAAAAUCCAGGCACUAGCACUUUUGAAUCCUGAACCGAUACCUGCUCCUGCACCACUAGUCGGCAAGCAGAACAACCCCUCAUACGAACGGGACCUGAAUUCUCGUCAGAGCAUUGGCAAGAUUGAUAUGGUUGAAGAAUUGGAUGAGACAGACCAAGAGAUGACUCCUACAGCCGAAAAUAUGCAAUACGGAAACAGGUUUAUGGUGGAUAAGGAUGUUACGCUUCCACGGUCCAAAGCAUCUUCUAGUCAUGUGUUGGAUUUAGAUGAUGUGGCAGUUGCAUCGAGCGCACCAGCGGUUCCUCCAAAGGGGAAGUCGACUGAGACGCUGAUUUCAAGUACUCCACCUGUUACGUCGCUUGGUCCUUCACCUGUUCUCGCCAGUAGUAAACCAUCCUUACGCCCAUCACGAGAAGCACUAAACAAGUCAUCAUCAAUGACGUCCUUCACAAGUGCAGACGACGGCCAAGAAAUCUCAAACCUCGCCAAACUAAACAAUCGUGCAUUAUGGCAUAUAUCAUGUGCCGAGUUAGGGCCCGUCAGUCUCAACCGUAACGAAUCCGAACGAGAAUUAUCGGUAUCUACCAAACCGUCAGACUCUGAGUCGGGCCCAGACGCAACAGUAACAGGCUCCUUAUCAUCCACAACCAAACACUCGCCCUCCGAUAUACAGCCACGUAACCCACUCUCCGACGCAAACCAAAUCAAAACCAUCCGCGAAAAAGUACAUCUCCUAUUCGAAGAAUUCCUAACUCGAUGUGACAAUCUAAUAACGAUGUAUGAAUCUAUGUCCUCAAACCUCACAAUCAAGCUCCAUUCAGCUGAUUUGAUCGGUGCUGUGUUUGCACAAUUGUUGACUGCUCUGCACAGUAUUUUGAAUUGUGUGGCUCCGAUCGUGGAUACAGCGGGAUUCUCGGCUGCCAUGAGAGAAUUAACGAGACUGGAAGCUGCUGUGGGGAUUGAGAUGGAGCAGAUUAAGGUCAAUUUGAAUUUCCCUAUGGGGUGUUUGAAUGCUAUCAAGACUACCCUGGCUAAGACCAAACAGCAGAUCGAGCUUUUAUUAAUGGCAUACGAUGAUGUUGAGCCAAGGCUCCUUGUGAAAGUCGUGGAGAACUCGAACGUAGAAGCCAGACCGCCACCAGAGCCAUUAAUUACUUACUUUGGUUACAGCUUGGAACAAAUCGAUGAUGAAGCUGAAUACUUCCGUAAAUAUUUUUUCGAGCAAGAGCACAAAACAUUUGUCGGCAUAGUGGAAAAAAUCGGCCCCGCCAUAAUGUCUGUAAAACAAGAAAUCGUGCAACCAGGCGACGUACAAAUAUUCCGUGCCAUCAUGAGAUCCAAGACCCUUCCCGACACUCGUCUGAUAAUACCACUAGCAGAUAUACCCCAAUCUACUAUUAUACGACACAAAGGUGCCACGAAAGCUGUGCUUUCCAUGCUGCAUCCACAUAUUCAACCGGGAAAGCUUCGACGAGUGAAUUUCGAUAGUCUGUAUCGCAAGUUGCUUGCUUUGGAUGAGUUGCAGCUGAUUAUGAGAUACAAGUUUGGGGUGCUGUAUUGUAGAGAAGGGCAAAGGACUGAGGAGGAGAUGUAUAAUAAUGAAACUGGAUCAGACACGUUCAACGAAUUCUUAUCAAUCUUGGGCGAUCGUGUUGAACUGAAAGGCUUUUCUGGAUUUGCUGCUGGUCUGGAUACCAAGAAUGAACAAACCGGUGCUGAAACUAUUAAUACUAAAUGGAGACAGUAUGAAGUCACAUAUCAUGUUUCCACACUUUUGCCAUUUUUCAAGACGGACAAGCAACAGAUACAACGGAAACGACAUAUUGGAAAUGAUAUCGUCACAGUUGUAUUCCUGGACGGAGAUGCCCAAUUCAACCCAGCCACAAUCCGAUCACAAUUUUUGCACGUUUUCAUCGUUGUGAAACCUGAAUGGACUGAAGAUGGUCGCAAGGCCUACAAGAUCAAUAUCACGACAAACAGUGAAGUGCCGGCUUUUGGACCAUCGUUGCCAGUUGAUGCUGUAUUCGUGGAUCGAAUGGAGUUUAGAGAAUUCCUUCUAGCUAAAAUGAUCAACGGUGAAAAUGCAGCAUACAAGGCCCCCCGCUUCUCCAAACCCCAUUACCGUACCCGCCACAUGAUGAUUGACGACAUCCUCGCCGAUUUCGGCAACUCACCUCAAAUGCCUCGCGAAACACGCGAGCAAGCAGCAGACCGCUCAUCAACCAGCUCCACAUCUGCACCACCAUCAGCCGUCGAACCAUCAGAAGGACACGAGAAAUCACUCAGUUCCACCGGCAAUGGAGGCACAACACGGAAGAAGGCCGGAGCAUAUUUCGGAACCUUCCCACAGUUCCAACGACGGACGUCUGGUAGUGGACAAACUGUAUCUGCCACGACGAGUGCAACACGAGAAGAGACAUCUGAUAGCACAGAGUCUGCAGUCGCUACACCAGCAGACGAUGACAAGACUUCCGAACUCCCAUACUCACCUCUCGUUGGCUCAGCGUCAAACGGCCUAACGUUACUUCCGCCCGGCUCAGUGUCGAAUUCAGCUGCUCCGUCACCAAGACUGGGAUCAUCGCAUCCCAUGUUGAGUUUUAGUCAGCCAGUGUCGCAAGGGUCUGCAACUGGCUCUGAUAGUUUAACGAGAUCAGAAUCUGAAGAAGGGAUUGAAGCAGUCGAUGAUCCGAAACUGGCUAGAAGGAGUUUGUUGCUGACGAUUAAGAAUGGGAUGAGUAGUACGAGAGGUAGUAAUUCGAGAGUUGACGGUAAUGAUAGUGUUUCGGGGCGGAAGAAGUCUGCAGAUAUGCUUGAUCGAGAUGUGAUUCCUACUGUCGCUGGGAGCAUAGGAUCUUUUCUCAACCUAAAUAUCAGUAGUGGAUCUAUACGAAACAACAAGAAGGUCCAUCCAACCUCGUAUCCAUCUACUACCCGUCUCAACUCACAAGAUAAUAUGCCCACACCACCACAACCAUCACCACUUGGCAACGUCUUCCAGAAAUCACUAGACUGGAUUGCAGCGACAGAUCAAAAUGAAGUGCAAGGCCCACCAUCGUUUUUCAAGACUCGUGGUGGAGUGUCCACCAAACCAGCCGAGAAAAACACGCUGAGCAAUACUCUGUCACGAUCAUUCUCGAAAAACAGUAUACACAACAAGAGUGCUGGCACCAUACCCAGGAAUGCUGACCGUGGAGAUGUGGAGCAAGGGAAAACUGGUGUGUCGAGAUCACGCAUGACGUUGGGAAGUGCAGAUUAUGACGAGGAGCUGUCUGAUGUUUCUGAUUACGAGUUUUAUUCGAAUCCUGUAUCGGAGGAUGAGUAUGAUGAAGAAGAGGAUGAUGCCAGGGUGGAACAUACGGAUGAUGCGCAUGUGAAGCAGCAAGGCGGGUGGUUUGCUGAUGGGCAACAACCACAGGACUCCCACUCACCACACGGCGACAAGCACAUAACCAUGCCCGGCUCCAAGCCCGACGCCACGAUGAAGAGACGGCACAAAAACACUGGCAAGCAGAAAAUCCCACGUGCGCUAUACAACCCCGAAGUCCGUAAACAGCUCGCCAAGAUGAAACCACAUCGUCCAUAUUUCAUGAUUACUGUAUCUCUGAUUCAAGUUGGGAUGCUGGUGUAUUCGUAUAUUGUGAAUAACAUGCGCACGGGUAGUCUUAUUGAGAGUAUUAGUGUGAAUCCGAUGAUUGGACCCACUUCUUGGGUGCAAAUUCAACUUGGAGCGCGCUUCGUUCCCUGCAUGAAAGACAUCCACUACCUAAACGCAUCCCUCUACCAAUGCCCCCCCGGGGUUGAGCUCAACGCAACCCAAUCCCUCGCUGCAGUCCCAGUCUGCACUCUCUCGCAGCUGUGUGGUCUCGGCGGUUUCCAAACCGGGGCUCCAGACCAAUGGUAUCGCUUCAUCGUUCCGAUCUUCUUGCACGGAGGAGUCGUGCACUUGUUGCUGAAUUUCGGGUUUCAGUUACGCACGGGUAUACAAAUGGAGCGUGAUUUCGGGUGGUGGCGAGUCGGGAUGAUUUAUAUGAUUAGUGGAGUGUGUGGAUUUAUUUUUGGAGCUGCGUACUCGCCGACAACGCCUAGUGUGGGGUGCUCUGGUGCUCUAUAUGGCCUCAUCGCAUGUCUCCUCCUCGACCUCCUCCAAAACUGGAAGCUAAUCGUAAACCCCUGGAUUGAGCUCCUCAAAAUGCUCGUCACUAUAAUAAUCUCACUCUCCAUCGGUCUCUUCCCCUACCUCGACAAUUUCGCUCACGUUGGUGGAUUCUUUUCCGGCAUACUAGCCGGCCUGAUAUUCAUGCCGACAAUCCAUUUCGGCAAAUGGGACAAGAUACGCAAGAGAUUGAUGAUGCUGAUUAGUAUUCCUGCGACGGGGGUUGUGAUGUGGUUGAUGCUGAGAUCGUUCUAUGCGGGUAGUUCGAAUGAUUGUUCGUUUUGCAAGUACUUUAAUUGUAUACCUGGGAUGCCAUGGUGCGCUUCCAAAUGGGGCGAGUCGUAA